CCCCGUCGAAGCCCUAUUUGCAAGCCCUAAGGAAGCUCAAUCUCUCAAGGUGCGACGAGAUUGUGAGGGAUUGAAGCUGCAAUUUGGUUGUGUAGAGGGAGAUAUUGAUUAGAAGGGAGAAGGAUUAGUGAAGAAAGGAGCACGAAUAUCAUGGCGCUCAGCAUGAACGAGGCGGAUAUCUUUGGAGACGAAGGCAUGGACGAGCUGGCAGGGAUGAGCCCGGAAGAUAUUCAACGCAGAAGUCGUCUGCUCGAAAACGAGAUCCGUGUCUUGAAGGACGAAACGCACAGACUUUCACUGGAACACGAUGCUACGAAAGAAAAAAUCAAGGAGAAUCAAGAGAAGAUCAAGCUGAAUAAGCAGCUGCCUUACCUUGUCGGAAACGUAGUGGAGAUCUUGGAUGUCAAUCCAGAAGAUGAAGCCGAAGAGGAUGGAGCUAAUGUUGACUUGGAUUCUCAGAGGAAGGGCAAGUGUGUUGUCUUGAAGACAUCCACACGCCAAACGAUCUUCUUGCCUGUAGUUGGUCUAGUGGAUCCUGACAGCUUGAAACCCGGUGACUUGGUUGGAGUAAACAAGGACAGUUAUCUAAUUCUGGAUACACUGCCUUCGGAGUAUGAUUCGCGUGUAAAAGCUAUGGAGGUUGAUGAGAAACCUACAGAGGUGUACUCGGAUAUUGGUGGUCUGGAUAAACAGAUUCAAGAGUUGAUGGAAGCAAUUGUUCUUCCUAUGACUCACAAAGAACGGUUUGAAAGCUUAGGUGUCCGACCUCCCAAAGGAGUGUUGUUAUAUGGCCCACCCGGUACUGGCAAGACCCUCAUGGCUCGUGCGUGUGCAGCUCAAACAAAUGCUACUUUCUUGAAGCUUGCUGGACCUCAGCUUGUUCAGAUGUUCAUUGGAGAUGGUGCAAAACUUGUGAGGGACGCGUUUCAGUUGGCGAAAGAAAAGGCUCCUUGUAUCAUUUUCAUUGAUGAGGUGGAUGCUAUUGGUACCAAGCGUUUCGACAGUGAAGUAAGUGGUGAUCGUGAAGUACAGAGAACUAUGUUGGAGUUGCUUAAUCAGUUGGACGGUUUUAGCAGUGACGAGCGCAUAAAGGUAAUAGCAGCUACAAACAGAGCAGAUAUUUUGGACCCUGCUUUGAUGCGUUCUGGACGUUUGGAUAGGAAGAUUGAGUUUCCUCAUCCAACGGAGGAGGCACGAGCUCGUAUUUUGCAGAUUCAUUCAAGGAAAAUGAAUGUACGGGGUGAUGUCAACUUUGAGGAGUUGGCCCGUUCCACGGACGACUUUAACGGAGCCCAAUUAAAGGCUGUAUGCAUUGAGGCUGGAAUGUUGGCACUUCGUCGUGAUGCCACUGAAGUAACUCAUGAGGAUUUCAACGAGGGUAUCACUCAAGUACAAGCUAAAAAGAAAGCCAGUCUCAAUUACUACGCAUAAACAUUAGUCCUCAAUGUCUUGAUAUUUGGCUAUCUAUAUCUGAACUUCUUGAGAUUUGUCAGUUUGGAACAGUGGAUGCAGCAGAGGUUUUUACCUGCCCUUGUAAAUGAGCCUGUAAUCAGUUCCAGCGAAAUGCUGCAGAACUUAUCUCAUCUGCACAGGACUUUCCAACUCUAUUGUUUUAUUGGAAAAUACACCUGUAUCUAAGCCGUGUGAUGCUCAUUUUGAAUUGUUAUUUCA